UGGCGCUGGCGCUAGCCCCGUCGUAACUAUGCUCCUGCCUACCUGACAUGACGUUUUACAUAUCCGUGUGUGGGCUUGUUAGUACAGUUCGCGACCUGAAAUGGCUGGUUCCAGGGUUCCGGAAGGGUGAUAACAAGCUUGUGAUUCGCGACAAACUCACGUGCUUCAGAGCUGCCAGACACUGUGACCAUAUGAACAAACUCGCGGCUCCUUCAGCGAUGCGGUAUCGUUGCUAAAAUGUCAGCGAAAGAAGCCCUUGAAGCCCUAUGGAGUGCCUAUCAAAUCAAGCGGAAUUCCACCACGCUCUUGGAGUACAUGGUGGAGUUUCGCCGUCAGUACGGCGACUGCUUGAAGACGGAUUUCCCAGCUAACCCAAGCAGGUCUGUUGCGAGCCCUCAUCUGAUAGACCUUCCUGAAGGAUUUCUUCAGGUAGUCGAGUUGUACCUGAGGGAGUGUAGCGAUGAAUGCAACACGGGUGUUACUGUUGAAACAGUGCAAAAGGCCAGUGUGGCUGUUCAAGUGCUCAGCAUAUUGUCACGCAACUUCAACAACAUUCCAUUUGUAUCAACUAGUAAUGCAGUGCCUCUUAUCAUUGUGAUUUCAUCAGCUGUUGCCAACCAGUACACUCAGCACACUAAAGAUGCAAACGACCAUAACACAGCAAGUUUCCUCCUCUCUGUGCUGGUCUUUCUCGAAGUCCUGUAUGACCCGCAUCUCACCUGGCAGAAGAUGUGCGCUAAGGUCCCCUUGGACUCAACGAAGGGUAAAGUUAGCCCAUCACAUCUUCACCUUGAAGUUAUUCCAUUUUUUUAUGAUUGCCUCAGUUCAAAGCCUUGCUUUUUGCCUGCCUCAAUACAAAUGAAGCUCAUUCACGUUUUUGGUGCAAUCAUUUGCGGAGCCCAGCACAAUGCUCAAGUGGCAAUAAACCAGAACACAGUUGAAAUCCUGUUUCACCGGCUGCGGGAACAGGAAUGCCCUCUUGAGGUGAAGAUGACUGCGGUUCGAUGUAUUCUGCAAGGUAUUGUCACCCUGUGUGCCUCACCACCGGAAAAAAGAAAGGUGGACCUGAAUGCAUUCGUGCGGGAGUACUUGGGGACUCUGUCGAAGCUGAUGACUGAAGAAGAGAAGCCCACUCAAGUGGAUACAGCUCACUGGAUGAUGAGUGGUCUGCAAGAACUAUUUUCAUUGAACAGCAAUUUGGCCUUAAAGAAAGUGUUUCACGACAACGAAAUGGUUGAACGCCUUAUUCGCUCCCUUCAUGGAACCAAGUUAAAGAGUGGCAGUGCCCAGAAAAUGGCCACCUCCUCCGUGCGACUGAUUCAUGUCUUCCUCUCCAGUUUUCCUUUUGCAAAGAAACAUUUCUCAAAUAUGCAAGGUUACCGCACUCUAAUAAGCACGCUCAAGACUAUGGGAGAGCCUCAGCAGAGUACGCUGGAAACACUUCUUGAAUGGCUGGUUGAGGAGACGCCGCGCCUGACUAGGACAUCAUCAACUCUCCGCAACUUGGAGCUCAUGAUACACCUUCUGCACUGGCUCCCUCAGCUGGAGUCACACUCCCUUCAGCUUUGGCUGGCUGAGCAGCUCGACUCCAUGGUGAAAGGGUCGCUCAGGUCGCGCAUGGCCUGCGCACGGGGUGGUGUCAUCCCGGCCAUCAUUCAUGUCCUGGGCAGGAGCAAUACUAUUGGUGGCAAAGCUGUAGGCCAGCUCUUGAAGUUUCUGGUCACACUGGCUUCCUGCUCCAUCAGCACAUCGGAACUGAAGGCACUCUUCCACCUGUUGCGGCCAAGUACUUCAGGAGAACAACACCAGUACACACUGCCACUGAUGUAUGCCCUGUCCAGCAUGGUGAAAAGUGACGGGUGGCUUGGGGCAUCUCACUUCUUUGACUUCAGUGACCCAGACGAGGGAAUUGUCAUUCCAAACAUUAAAAAGUGGCCUGGAUCUGGUUUUGCAUUUCACGCAUGGGUACGCCUUGAAAAACUAAAUGCUCGCAAGGAAGGUGCAUUUCGGAGACAGUUCUACAGCUUCACCACCCCAAAUGGAACGUUGGAGUCAUUCUUCACUGCUCAGGGAAAACUAGUGGUUGCGGUCGCAACAAAGAAAGAAUACUAUGCCGUUCCUGUGGAAGGGGUUACCCUAGAUGACGAGACAUGGCACAGCGUGGACAUCUGCCACACAGCAGCUCGUCGCCCCUUUACAAACAGUACCACGGUGGUGUUCAUCGAUGGACGGCAGCGUGUCAGCGUACAAGUGAAGCUGCCUUCAAUUAGCGAGUUCUCCCAGUGUCAUGUUGCAUGCGGGAACCAAGCAUCGGCUUCAACUGGCGAGAGGCGUUCGGCCGACGGCAGGGGCUCUGGCGAUAGCUCAGGGUCGACUUCAUCGGUUGAGCAUGGUUCCGGGGCUGGCGAAGAGCAACUGAGCCAAAACACUGCAACUGGUGGCUUUCUGAGGAACAGUACCCUUGGGUCAUUUCUCAGUGGAUGGGACACCGAUAAGAUAUUCUCCAUGGCUCCGAGUGUCCCUGCCAAUCUUAGAAGUGCCUUCAAUGUUGACCCUGACCCAUCUAUCAGUGUUUCACCACUCGAGUCGCAUGAGCAGGUUUGGGGUUUGUCCAGAGGUCUCAAGGGACAGAUUGGAUCACUGUGCCUAUUCAGCGAGCCUCUACAGGCAUCUCAAGUUAAAAUGAUGUACACUGGAGGCCCCAGGAACUACACAUUAUUCAAGAAUGAAGACUCUGUAGAAGUUGCGGAGCUUCUAGGAAAGCUGGUUCUUUACUAUGAUGCAAAGGCUUCUGUUGAUGGAACAUGUACGAACCUUGCCCCCUCUUCAUCAAUUUACGAUGGCACAUUCACUGGUCGCUACUGUCACACACAGAACGUCAAGGAUACAGUCAACUUGAUUGGCGGGUUCCCGACACUGUAUGUUCUUCUGGAGAACUCUGGGAAACCAAUUCCCAAGUGCUCUCCAAGCUUUGAAGCGGCUUCUACACCAUCCAGCAACAAAGCCUCGGAGGAAAUUGUAGAUGACUGGAUUGUUGUGCCAUCGUCCUCAUCAUCUUUCUCCGGACCGCAGUCCGUGCUGUUGGACUUGCUGUGCGAGACGGAGGGCGAUCCUAAAACACUUGCCAAGGAUUUGAGGCUAGCUCAGAAUCAAGUCUCUAGCUUUCUAGUUAUUGUACAGCAUCUCAUGCAAGGAAGUCCAGAGAACCAAAUGCAACUCUUGGCUCGCACCGGAAUACCAACCAUAGGAGCUCUCAUGCAAAGGGUUCCAGGACACUGCAUUGAUGUGAACGUCCUAAUGGCAGUGCAGCUGUUGGUUGAAAAUGCAAGUGGCGUCGAGAAUGCUCAAGAAAUGCUGCAGCUGGUGUAUCAGCAUAUCUUGUUCGACUUUAGAAUUUGGAGCAAAGGAAGUUUUGCUGUGAGGCUAGGGCACAUUCAAUAUCUAACCACUAUUAUCAAGGAGGAUCGAAAAUACUUCAGGAAGAAGUAUGGACCUAGGUUUAUGCUAGACAUGGUGCAAAUGUUUUACAGUGAUUGCAGCCUGCUCACGUCUGACGAUGUCAAGACAAUCCGAAUGGCCGUUCUCUCUCUGGUCAAAUUCUACAUGAUGCGUGAUGUCAGCAUUCAAGAUGUCAAUGCAGUUGUGUCUUACAUGCUAUCGCAGAGAAAAGAAGAACUAGCGAAGGAGAUGAUUGAAAUAUUGUUACAUCUACUUGAAAGCCCAUCUACAAAAGACCAGCUUGUGCUUUUACUGUACGAGCCCAACUGUGCUGAGUUGUUUUACUGCAUUCUACUCAACAGAGAGUUCUCCAGUUGCACCAAGGUUAAAGUUCUAAAGGUGAUUCAAGCACUACUCAGGUCCGACAGAGUUUAUGAGAAGUCUAAGUCACGGCUACGGUUGGCUGAAGUAGGAUUUUCAUCAUUAACUGGCUUGCUAUCACCUAAUGAAGUGACUAGUGAAGUUGCCAGGGAGCUUGUCAACUUGAUACUCAUGUCAGAUAUUUCCCAAGCAUUUCCUGGCUUUCUUGCUGUGCUGAAUCUUAUCAAGAACAUGGAUAUUGAACUCAAGUUCUAUGCUGCAAAGAAGCUUCUUGCAGUGCUGACUGACAGUGCUGUGCUGCUACCACAGCUUGCAGCACAGGCAGGGUGGCAAGAGUGCGUCCUCAGCCUUCUAAUCAAAGAGCCCAUUUCAGAGUCCAAUUGCGCAAAUCGUGCUACCAUGCCCACACUUGACCUGAUUGACCUCAACUCUCUUGAAGCUGACACCAGUGCUGACUCUGAAAAACCAGGGUCACCCGUGUUGAAGCGUGGCACACUUCACCGCCUCUCCCAGAAGGCCCUGGUUGCUCAGCAGUCACUGGAGGAAAUCCUUCCUGGAUCACCCAAAGCAUCCCAAAUUUUCACGCACCUCAAGGAGCACAUCUUUGAUUUCGAGAUCAGUCAACUUCUUGGAAGUGCUCGAUCCCGUACCAACAGCCAGUGCUCAAGCCAGGAGGACCUGGCAUCCGACGCGACCCAACAGAGCAGCCCCGUUUCCGUCACUCCUUCCUCCUUGCGUAAGGCUCCUGACCAAAGCCCACGCAUCUCGCCAGUGCACAAGAUGUUGGGAACAUCACCCGUGCGAAGCCCAGUGGAUAACGGCCUGAGUGGCGGCACCGAGGAACAACUGAUUGACUGUGUUGUGGAGUCAGCGUUUCUCCUUGCUUGGCGUGGCAUCGAGGGUUCUUCUAAACAGUGUUGGAUGGAACGAGGGCAAGUGUUGGUAUGCGUCAACAAAUUAGCCCUGACCAAUGAGCUUGUUGCCUCGCACCUAGAGAUCAAGCGGAAGCUUUUUGAAAGGCUUCUUCAGGCCUGCUGCACAAGCCUACAGGAAUCAGGUCAGGCCAAUGCCACCUACGCUGAGAAUGCAUCCGAGCUUAUGAAGCUGGUUUUCGACUUUGUCUGCCAUGAAAACGUCGAGGAUGAGAGCCGAUUGAGUGAGAAGGUGAGAAGGACUGUUGAGCUUGCAUAUGUCAUCAAGCCACUUUACUGGAAGCUGUCUCAACAAGAGAACUUUGCCAGGAUGCGGCUAAAACUGACCCUGAACCACAAUUUUGACAGCCACUACCAAGCUAGCUGUCUACGAGACAACCAAGGUAUCCUGACAAACCAAAACACAAGUUGUCUUCCACCAAUCACGGCUGAGGCUAAAGCCAUGCAGCAAAAAGAAGACAUCGUUGCUGAGGAAGACAUCCAAGCUCUUCAAGGACAAGUGCAAGACUUGGAAAAUCCUGAUGGCAUCAUUGAUAAGAAAAAGCCGGUGAUAGAGGAAGACUGUGAGCUUGUCACCCUUAUGAAGGUUGUGAAAGGCCGAUUUGAGGUCACUGCAACUCAGAUCUACUUCAUUGACCUCUCACCAGUGAGGGAAGAAGGUGAAAGACACGACUUCACAUAUCCCUUGCACAUGCUGCGAGAGGUGCAUCUACGACGCUACAACCUGCGUCGCUCAGCCCUGGAGUUCUUCCUUGUUGACCAGACCAACUUCUUCCUGAACUUCACAACUAAGAUACGAAACAAGAUAUUUGGUCGCGUGGUGGCCCUGCAUCCUCCCAAUUUGCUGUACUCGUCUGGGACACGCUCUCCCGCUGAGCUGCUUCGCGCAUCUGGGCUCACUCAGCGCUGGGUGAACCGAGAGAUCUCCAACUUCGAGUAUCUCAUGCACCUCAACACCAUUGCUGGGCGUACCUACAAUGACCUCAGCCAGUACCCGGUCUUUCCCUGGGUCCUCGCAGACUACACCUCUCCCAAGCUAGAAUUGGACAGCCCUUCUGUUUACCGAGACCUGUCACGCCCGAUUGGCAUUGUCAACCCAAAAAACAUUGAAGAGGUUAAGGCCAAGUAUGACAGCUUUGUGGACAUCACCGGCACAGUGGAGAAGUUCCACUUUGGCACCCACUACUCCAACUCUGCAGGCGUCCUGCACUACCUAGUGCGCCUGGAGCCAUUCACUUCCCUUCACAUUGAGUUGCAGAGUGGCAGGUUUGAUGUGGCAGACCGACAAUUCCACUCCGUGGAGGGCACAUGGAAAAUGCUCAUGGAAAGUCCCAAUGACGUCAAGGAGCUCAUUCCCGAAUUCUUCUAUCUGCCAGAAUUCUUGACAAACAUGAAUGCAUUUGAUUUAGGGCGACUACAAGGAACAAAAGAGCAGGUUGAUGAUGUCAGGCUUCCUGCUUGGGCCACGUCUCCCGAGGACUUCAUUUACAAGCACAGGAAAGCAUUGGAAUCGGAGUACGUAUCCCUACACCUGCAUGACUGGAUCGACCUCAUCUUUGGCUACAAGCAGAAAGGCUCAGCAGCUGUUGAAGCUUUGAAUGUUUUUUACUACGUCUCGUAUGAAGGAGCUGUGGACCUUGACGCUAUCAAAGACCCUGUUCAGCGUGAAGCUACUGAAGGAAUCAUCAACAACUUCGGCCAGACACCUUGUCAACUCCUAAAGGAACCUCACCCAAGAAGGCUCUCUUAUGAGGGAGCUAUGCUGCGAAUGACGAAGUCUGACACAAAGCCUCCAAACCUCUUCCUGUUCCUGCAAAACCUUAAGGCCUAUGUAGUGGAUGCUCCGUUGAGCUGUCCAAUCGUGCAUGUCAACAUUCCUCGCUCCCCAGCACGUUCUUUUAUGCAACAUGGCCUCAUGGAUACCUUGGUCACCGUGGGUUGCGAUGGCUCGCUCGGUGUGCAUGGCUGGCUGCCCUACGACAGAACUCGGUCUUAUCCCAAUUAUUUCACCUUUGAACGGGAUCCAAACAUACAAAACCCCAAAAGUGCCAAGAAGUUGGCAGGAGUGUUCCAGCCGGGGGCCAAAGUGCACAGCCGCCUGUUUGUGCUAAGCUCGGAUGGCAAGUUCCUCGUUUCCGGAGGCCAUUGGGACAACAGUGUGCGUGCCUACAGCCUAUUGCGUUCAAAGCAAGUGGCCCAUGUGAUUCUGCACAAAGAUGUGGUCACAAGCCUUGCUACGGACACCUGUGGAAUGUACCUCAUGACUGGCUCUCGUGAUACAACGUGCAUCAUCUGGGAGUUGAACCAAUUGGGAUCUGGGAGUUUCCUUCCCAACAAGCCAUUUCAGAUUCUGUGUGGACAUGACAGCGAAGUUACUUGCGUAGCGGUAAUCACAGAACUUGAUAUGGCUCUCUCUGGAUCAAAAGAUGGAACUGUGAAUGUUCACAGUGUGCGUGAGGGCCACUUCUUGCACACUCUUCGGCUUCCUGGUGACAUGCCCGAGCAGGUGACACUGCUGUCUGUCUCACACCUGGGCUUCAUCUGUGUUCACAGCUGCCCGGAUCCUCAGGCACUCUUGAAAUCUGGUUACGUGCUCCAUCUAUACACGAUCAAUGGAAAGUAUCUCCUGAGGAAAGAGGUGGCAAGGGCCAUUUCAGAUAUGAUCAUAUGUGAUGAUUAUCUUAUCACGGGUGAUGAAGAAGGACUACUCGUCAUCUACGAACUGUUUGGCUUGGCCGAAAAAGUUUCGCUGCCCCUGUGCUUCCCCAUUUUGACGGUGGCUCGCACACCCACUAAUUCGCAUCUCAUCUGCAGCCUUAGCGACGGAAAGCUCGUCGUAAUAGGAAUCACGACGUCGUCACUCCGUUCUUUCUCCUGAACGUUCUCAACAGUCGACUCAGAAGCGCCCUCUGCAUUCACGACCCAGGUGCCUGGAAGGGAACGGUCAGCAUUCCCCGACACUCGACUCGCCAAGUACACUUUUUGCAGUCUCCACACUAACCCCUAACUUCUAUAUUGUGAGGAACACCACUGUAGCACAGAAAGCAUUUAAAAGGGCUUGUGCAACAUUUUAAUUAAUAAGCACACUUAAGUUUUGUUAACAAUGUUGUUUUUAUCUCGUUGGCACCACUGGUUGUGACAGUGAAAUUGUGUGAUUACUUGUUCCAGCACGCUUAUUUACUAGAAUGUAAAAGUCAUAUAUACCACGUGUAUACACUCUGUUUUGGAGAGAAUGCUUACUGGCUAGAAGAUUUGCUGCAUUGUGUUGCAUAUUAUGUGGCAUUGUUGCAAUUGAUUGCGUUAUACGGUAGUGGUCCUAUGCAGGCAGUUAUAUCGCUUGUUUUGCUGUUCCUGUGAUGCGCUGCACCAUGUUGCAAUUCUUAGGUGCAAGUGAUUGCUUGAAUAAAUAUAUAUAUAUAUGCUAUUGUACUGAUGUGCGAUCACCGCACUUUUGCAAGCCGAAGUGACAAGUCAUUGUAUCAGAUGUUGACACAGGAAUUUUGUAUCAUUUGGCCUUAUCCGAGUUGGAUACACUGAACGCAGACAGCGUGUACCAUGAAAGUAUGCACUUGUAGUGAAACUCAGCAACAUUAGUUGUGUUGAAUUGCAUGUGGGUUGUGUGCAGUUCUUCAAAGCAGGCCCUUUGAAGACAGUGCAUUAAGAAUGAACUCUCUUGUGUUGCUUUUAAUGUGAUCAUUUAUUAUUUUGACUCAGUCAGUGUGGUGGUAAUGGUUUGCACUUUGAUUUGAUUUAUUGCACAUAUUAAGUACGCAUUUCUGGUGGUGGUCACUUGUGCACAACAUAGAGAGAUAAAAAAAAAUCCAAUUUGAGCUGUUUGAGCACUUCUGCUGGCCGUCAUAUGUAUUUCAAGCUUGGUCUAACUAGGUUAUUUUAUAGGCAUUUCAGCACUUUUGACAUGUGGAGUGUCCCUUAGAGUUUGUGUCUCUAGAGUUGUAUUGCAUAGUUUUGCUUCCUCAAGCACGAGAGCAAGCAGCAAGUGUAGAGCGUUUCUUGCAAGGAAGUAUUAUAGAAGUGCAAGUACACAAUGACCUUGUAUCAUAGGAAAUAGGGAUGCUCCGUACGUGUCCUAGUUUCGGACAGUGGCUGCAAAACAAGCCGUGAAGCUUCAGCUGUUUAGAGUUCUAUUGUACAGAGUGCAGUGCCCAGAGCACAAGUACACAUAGACUAGAUUGCUAUACAAGUCAGAUGUAUAUACACAAAUCGCGAGCAUAUAUAUAUAGCGUAGUGACAUACUUUACUACCACACCCUGUUGGGAAAGUUUUCACAGUUCUGCUAACCGUCAACGAAAGUGGGCAGAGUGAGUCACCUUGCCUGCGCAUACCAGUGCGCAGAAAUAUCUACUAUUGUGGAGGUGGUAUCACAUAAUUUUCAGCUUCCUAUCUAUUCCAUGUAUAUAAAAUUGUAAGGAAAGAUAAAAUAGCUUAUAAACGUGGUCAGAAUGCUGCAGCCUCUGAACGAAGCAAAGCUGUGAAGGAGAUUUUGCUUGUAGCUGUGUAACAAAGGUAUGGUAGGUUACUAGCAAGUGGCUAAUGAAACACCACAUAUGCUAUGGUGCUAAGUAUUUAGUAUUGAAAAUGCUAGGAGUGUUAACAGCACCCUUCGAAGGAUGAAAUUUACAAGAAAGCUGACAAGUGUGUUAGUGUUUACGAGAUCUAGGCUGUUCAUUACUGGCUUUCAUUGUUGCAUCAUUCCAAACCUAUUGGCAGGGUGUUGGCUAAGGCAGCAGUGAUGAUAAUUUUAUUUGUGAGCAUUAGCCAUUUAGAGACACCUUCACUACUCUUAGAAGCUGAAAUGUUGAGUCAGUAAUGCUGAGAUGAACUUUAUUAACACAAGGGCAGUGUACUUACACAAAGCAAGAGUGCUUUAAGUCACAUCCUGGCUGCUUUUUUUUGUUUUUGUUGGGAAGUGCAUUGUUGUAGUCACUUUAUGCAAUGUUAUAUGCACACACGAAACAUCUGAUGAGAGUCAGUCACAAACAGGCUCACAGGAAGCGAGCUCUUCAAAAAGAGUGUUCGCACCUAAUGUUUACUUGUUGUGUUUUUUUAUAAUAAUGCUUGUUAUAUGUGUAUCUACAUAUAUAUAUGUAUACAGGUACCAGUUGGCGUUCAUUGUUUUCCUAGACGAGAUGAGAAGCCUUGUUUACAAUUUACUGUGUACAUUUAUGUAAAUACGUCGUGGAGAAUGCUGGACACUGCAAUUUAUUUAAUAGGCACAUAUCUAAAUAAAACUAUUGUAACUGCA